GAUCAAGGGAAACAGAACCAAAAGCCAAGAUGCCGCGGUGUUACAUGGUGAAGAAGGCCCUGUGCAACAAGUAUAUAACCAACGUUGCCAGAGGAUUCGAGAGCUGGGGUCGCGGAAGGAGCACGCCAUCACCGACCACCAUGCAGAUUCCAGUUUCUCCCAUAGAAGGGAGCGUCGCACCCCCUGUUGCUCAAGAGUUGCUCAUUCAGAACGCGGCAAUAGACUUCGUAGGGCAGCUUCGCUGUAUAGCUAUACGAUAUAUCCUCUCUGCCGUAGAAUGCCUGAGCACGCAGUCCCAAGACGCGACUGCGGCGACAGGAGCGAAGACGCUCGAACAGGACGUCCCCAAGGAGAAGGUAAACGAGCCUAGCAAUGUGGGCAUGACGACGACGACGACGACGACAAGCGCCGCUAGCACACCGCCAGCGGCCGAAUCGUCGCCUAUAGCACGAACUGAGACGUCGGUGAUCACCUGCACGCCGGCCACAAGCUCGCCAUCCACCGUGGUAACUCCGCAAACGACAGAAUCGAUCGCCUUGGGCGUCGAGAACACAACGACCACCACGUCCACGUUGCCUUUCGCCGCUCCCAGAUCACCGUCCAAAACGACAGUUCACACAGACAGUGCGCAUCAGCAACGCGCGAACCUGCUCCAUCACACGCCACCGGGGGAACCUUCUCCGCCGUCGAGCACCGCCACACCGUACCACAACGCCGUGGAAGAAACCACGGCGGACAAUUCCACGUCGGACAAUUCCACGUCCGUUUCAAAGAUAGGGUCCAAUAAUGGCAUCGUGAUUACCAAUUACGUGUCCCCGAUGUUCAAAGACCGUUCAGCAGCCGAGACCGAGGCUGCACACGAUUUACUAGAACUCUCGAGAUCGCUGCCCCCGUUACCGCCGCCCAGCAUCGCCAUUGGGCCGCAGAGCGUGAUAGAGUCGCCCGCGACUGACGUCCAAGAGAUGACGGUCUACCAACCGGACCAACCCAUCUAUCAAGUGAACACCAUCGAUCUGGCCAACUCCACGAUCUACGCGCAUCAUCAACAGCACCAAGCAUCGCCGACAACGAGCAUCAUCUACGAGCCGAACGCGGCGAUAGUCCAGCAAACCGGCAGCGUGUUCAUCCCUCUGUCGCCUGUUCAAGAGAUUCUGCUCACUUACAGCACACCGUCCAUCCCGUGCACGCCGAUCGUCGCAGCCCAGCAACCACCUCAACUGUUGCCGCAGCAACAUCAGAGCAUAGAGGCGGUGCCGCCGUUAACGCCACCUACGUCCGAGUGCAACAGCGACAUCGAGAACAACAAUCCGAACUCGCAACCCAGUCAGAAGGACAAAGAGGUGCAAACGGUGACCGAGCAGGCCGAGGUGAAACCGGCCAGCUACACGUACGACACUUUGCUAGUGGCCGAUGGCAGGUCGAAGAACAAGAAGAUAGCACCGACCCAGAAGGCGCAGGAGACUGAACCGGUUGAGGCCCCUGAGACGUCGAAGGUCGGACGCUACGUUUGCUGCGAGUGCGGCAAACAGUACGCGACCUCGUCGAACCUGUCGCGGCACAAGCAAACACACCGCAGCAUCGACUCGCAGUCCGCGAAGAAGUGCAUCCACUGUGGCAAGGCGUACGUGAGCAUGCCAGCCCUGGCGAUGCACGUGCUGACUCAUAAGCUGACACAUAGCUGCGGCGUCUGUGGCAAGAUGUUCUCCAGGCCGUGGCUGCUGCAAGGCCAUCUGAGAACCGUACGGGUGCGCGCACUGCGGCAAAGCGUUCGCCGACCGGUCGAAUCUGCGUGCCCACAUGCAGACCCACUCCACGGACAAGAACUACGAGUGCCACAAGUGUCACAAAUCGUUCGCACUGAAAUCAUACCUGAACAAGCACUUGGAGUCUGCCUGCCAGAGGGAGAACGACGAGCCCAACAACGACCCAGAUGCGCCCCAAUAAGCUCGCCGGAGUUAGGGUCACUGUUGGCGCUAGUGUCGCUGCACUCCAGCCACUCCGACAACUUGACUACUUCGUCGUUUUCUUUCCUGUACCUGCCAAACGUCCUGACAACUUCACCUUUCGCAAUCAAACAAGGAAGUAGAAGAAGUGAUUCCGCGAAACAACGAGGAAUUCCAUCAUCGUCGACAGACCAA